GCGUGGCGGGUGCCUGCUCUGGCUUUUCUGUCACUGCGCAGAGCUGAGAGGAGGAGGAGGAGAGAGCAGCGCAGCAGAGAGAGAGAGCGAGAGUGAGUCCGUGUGCUUGUGUGUGCUAUGCAGGGAUUGCUCUGUCUGGCUGCUGGUGAUUUGGUAGGAGCUUUUGGUGUGUUUAUGUAGACAUCCACCAUUCUGCUGUUGGUUGUGUGUUUAGGUCAGUAAGCCAUCGAGGAGGAGCUAAGGUAGAUUGCAUGCUGUUUGCAUUUGACUGCUGCAGGAGACCGCCAGGAAAGGAGGGAGCGGGAAGGGGGGAGAUCGGAAACAAGUGAAAGAGAGCUGUUACCCUCAAUGUGCAUUGGUCUGUUUAUCUUCUCUACUGCUUGCUAGUGUUUAGCUGUGUGGCUGAUGCGGCAUGUGUCUAUGAGUCAGGCUGAAGCCAUACUGUAAGUGAGGUCACAGCGCUGUAGUGGAGGAGACAAUGCUGGUAAUGAAUGUUCUCUCUGCGUAGGGGACGGACGGUGAGGUCAGCUGAGCUACUGUGUUCUGAGCAUCAGACCCAGGAGCUCCUGGUGGCUUUGUUUCGGUUGCCUGGCGGGACAGAAACAACGGUCUGAUUCAGUGUGGUCUGUGUCAGCCAGAGGCACAAUGCAUGUGUGAGCUGAGCUUGGCAGGUGGCAGGAUUAGUGCUAGAUGUAGUGUGACUGUGGACUGGACACAGACCAUUCAUUCACACAUACUCUCACAUACAGGAGAGUUAGGGACUUAUCACUCGUUCGAUUUCAGUCAUUACAUGCAGCAUUAGAGCAGUGAGUCUGUUAGGCAGGCAAGCAGCUCUCCUUACACCUCAGGCUGCCAUUCCAUUACAGCUGUGUGCUUUUCGGGACUGAGACUCUGAUUUGCUUUUUGUAGCCAGCUGUGGAGCCCCUUGAUUCUCAUACCUGGGUUAUGGUUGAGAGGAAAGGUAUUCUAUCCUUGGGAUGCAGAGGGAUAUAGCCCCUAAGCUAUUUAAGAGAGUGAAUUCAGCAGGACUUUGGAAGACAGGCAUUGAGAUUGAGAUUGGAUCCGCUUGUAAAGCAAGAGCACGGCCAUUGAUAGGUAUUGUGAGGGGUAUAGUAAAGACUCAGUGGUGUGUGAAAUUGGUUGAGGGAUAGUGUGUGUUGGACAGUGUGUCAGACAGUGUGUGUGUGUCCAUUCUCUCACGCGUAAUGCUGUGCCCAGCGUCCUGCCUGCCUCUCCUAAGGGACCUGGCUCAGUGGCGCUGCCUGCUAGGGUGGCACCGCCAACACGGGGUCAGUGCAGGGGUCACUGCAGGGGCUGGGCCGGGGUCAGAGGUUGGGGUUGGGGGAAUGAAUCGGCCCGUCUGCCUCACCAAACCGCAACAUGGGAGCAAGUAUGCGUCAGCCGGAUGCCUGCUGUCCCUCCACCACAGUGAGAAGCCUGAUCACGAGGAGGUGUGUGAGUUCCGUCCCUACACCUGCCCGUGCCCCGGGGCCUCCUGCAAGUGGCAGGGCUCCCUGGAGGCCGUCAUGCCCCACCUGAUGCACGCCCACAAGUCCAUCACCACCCUGCAGGGAGAGGACAUCGUCUUCCUGGCCACAGACAUCAACCUGCCGGGGGCUGUGGACUGGGUCAUGAUGCAGUCCUGCUUCGGCCACCACUUCAUGCUGGUCCUGGAGAAGCAAGAGAAGUACGAGGGCCACCAGCAGUUCUUUGCUGUGGUGCUGCUCAUCGGAACGAGGAAGCAGGCCGAGAACUUCGCCUACCGCCUGGAGCUCAACGGGAACCGGCGGCGCCUCACCUGGGAGGCCACGCCCCGCUCCAUCCACGACGGCGUGGCGGCCGCCAUCAUGAACAGCGACUGUCUGGUGUUUGACACGUCCAUCGCUCACCUGUUCGCCGACAACGGCAACCUCGGGAUCAACGUUACCAUCUCCAUGUGCUGAGCGGCUCUGAUGUGGAAACACAGACCCACAGGCCUCUCUCGUUCUCAGACUUACACAUGCGGUGGGCAGAAACCGGUGCACAGUGACUGACUGCUGUGCUGUACCUGCCUCCUGUGUGAUGCAGUAGACUGUGUGUGAGAGGAUAGGUGGGAUAUGGAGAGGAUGUGUGUGUUUUGCUGCUUGAGGCUCGUUGGCUCCCCAUAAUGCUUGAAUGGAGACUGGGCUGUAGAGUAGUUUCAGGGUGUUUGCCUGUCCUCUCAUAAUGCUUGAAUGGAGACUGGGCUGUAGAGUAGUUUCAGGGUGUUUGCCUGUCCUCUCAUAAUGCUUGAAUGGAGACUGGGCUGUAGAGUAGUUUCAGGGUGUUUGCCUGUCCUCUCAUAAUGAUUGAAUGGAGACUGGGCUGUAGAGUAGUUUCAGGGUGUUUGCCUGUCCUCUCAUAAUGAUUGAAUGGAGACUGGGCUGUAGAGUAGUUUCAGGGUGUUUGCCUGUCCUCUCAUUGUGUGUGCUGCAGACAGUGUACAGUAACCUACAUGCGGUGGGCUUUUGAUGACUGAAGCUCUACCCGCCCCCAGGACCCCUCCUCAACCGCUCCCACCCCACUCACCCCUACCUCCUCUUCUGCCCAGCCAACCAGUGCCAGGCAAGAAGGACACUGCCAGUGUAAGAAAGGGCGGUCAGUCAAUUGGCUGCCAAACAGCGGUAUUCAGAGAACCUCCACUUCAUCCGUGAAUAGCCCCUGCAGAUGCCGCUUCCUAAUCCUCACAGCGAAUUAAGUUUCAGUAAGUUGGUCAGUGGACCAAUCAGGCCUCAGACGCAUAUGGGCAGAGUCGGGACCUUAGAGUGACCAAUGUGCUGCCUCGGUCUGGGUUAGUGUGAGCUAAGCCGGGGUUGUUCAUGCUCCCCUAAAGGACUGCACUGACUACUAACCAACUCCUUACUUUACAGAACUGCAAAACUCAACCGUUUUCAUAAUUAGGCUGUCAAUUAUAACCCCAAUCCUGGUGUGUAUAAUAAAUAUUGGUGAUAGGUUCUGAUCUGAUUGGAAGUAAAAGACUGCAUGUAUGUCCGCCAUGUAGAAUAAAGACACUGAUCGGGUGUUUUGGUUGUAGGCUCUCGUCAUAAUGCAUCAUAAAGGUUGCAUAAUGCCAUCGUAAGCAUGGUAUCAAACCGCUCAUAAGCACUUUUUGGUGAAACCCCAGGGCCUAGUUAUUCACAUGGAUUCUGUGUUACAAUACAAACAACAAAGGCACAUUACUUUUCCAAAGUCACACGCUCUGUUGCAUAAAACUCUGAUAGAUUUGAAGGUUAGUCCCUUUCUUUGGUAAGGUCAGUUGUCAUACAAUUUCAUGAAUGAAAAACAGGUGUCAUGUCAUAUUUAAGAUGGCAUUAUGUUUGUUUUGACACAGAAGUCAUAUUUGUAGUGUGCGAGCCAGUACCACUACCACUACAGGAGACGGUACCACUACUGUUAUGAUUGUGUGUUUUUGUUUCUCUGCAGCCACUCCUCACCAACAGAGAUGAGCAGCAUGGCGGAGGCACGCGUUUUCUUAUUUGUUCCUCUGUCUCGUGAAACCGUUUGUUCUGCAGAACCUGGUUUAUCUUCGGUUCUUCUACUCUCUGAUUGACAUACUAUAAUAUGGGGGUAGUUUUGACUCUUCCCCUCUGGUCGGUCAACCCACCACAGCCUUACUUUUGUACGUAACCUAACUAGCACUCCCAAGUUGGGGAGGCGUCUGUGAAGAUAACGAAGUUAGACUCAGACCCACCCUCAAUUUCUUCAACGGACUCUCAGUUUUUGUGGACUUUGGGGGUAGAAAUGGGAAUUCCAUAGUACUCCAGCCAUGAACCUCGCCUUCACCUGGCGUCAUAGUAACCAAGCAACCAAAGCAAACAAAAGCCCACCUUUUCAUAAAGUACCUCUGAUGACAUUGAUCACAGACAUGUCUGUAACCCAACAGAGUCCCAUCCUACUUCCAGAGACACUGCAGUAUACCCCAAAUCACCCUCUGCUGAUCACCUCUGCCCCGUCUUAUAAGUAUUUGUGAUAUGUAAAUGUUGGAUGACCAUAUAUUUUCUAAAAGCUGAUAGGAGAUUCUGUGUUCGGUUGUGUUGAUCUGAGAUGUGUUUGUGUCAGGUUAUUUUCAGAGCUGUUGUAACUACCUGCUAUCCUAUUUUAUUCUAGUGGUCAGUGUCCCUACCUUACCCACUGAGUGGACAGACAUUUCUGCCAACACACUCUCCUUUGGGCAGCACAGCUCUGCAAUUGCUAUGGCUGAUCUGUAAUAUCGACAAAAAAUGCAAACUGUGACGCUCACCUGUUAGUAACAUGGGCUUGAAACCUUUUAAUGCUGCAUCAGUUAUCAUGAGCCAGAGAGAACUGCGUGGAUUUCAUUAAUUAAUUGUUUAUGGGGCAAUGUGAGAUCAAAUCAAUGAAAACUAAGAGUCAGUGUCCACAGAAUUAGAUUUCAUGGUGCAUUUGUUUCUACUGAAAACAUCUUUAGGUCCAGAUUUCUGCAGUUAUGUUUUAGGGCGGCAGGUAGCCUAGUGGUUAGAGCGUUGGGCGCUCGAAUCCCCGAGCUGAAAAAACAAUGUGUCGUUCUGCCCAUGAUCAAGGCAGUUAACACACUGUUCCCCGGUAGGCCGUCAUUGUAAAUAAGAAUUUGUUCUUAACUGACUUGCCUAGUUAAAUAAAAUAAAAAUUCUGGGCCCGUGGCUGAAUGUAGUUGAUGAUCCCUGACCUUGGCUGUCAUUAUGUAGGCUAUAAAAAACAUGUCUAACUAUAACUCUUCAUCUGCUUAAGUGUUGUCCACUUGCACAAUGUUUUGUUCUGUAUGAUGUGUCAGAACAUUGAACAGAAACACAUUCCCAUCCAGCUGUAAAUCACCUAGAAUCAUUCUACAAACCAGAAAAGUACACACAUUCUUUAUGUACCUCGGGAAAUACAACCCAUGUCUUGUACAUUCAUAGUACACAUAAUGUCAUAGACAUCUUUUGUACAGCCAGACCCAAUACUUAUUUUCUCCCAAGUUUAGCCAAAUCCUAUCCUGGGAUGUUUCUUUAACAGCUGUAUGGUUGCAAUUUCUUCACUUAAUUUCAAUUGGGUCCCUAACAAGUAUUUUCUUUGGGACCCACACACCAUCCCAGCCUGGCCUCUGUUAAUCUGGGGCCCGGGUGAAGGCAGCGGUUGCAAAAACAUUGAAUACAUCACAUCAUCUAGGUAACUAACAUAGUAUAGCAUUGACGAUCUAUCCAUGCAGCCAGACAACGGGGCGACCAAAAUCCCAGUUAUUUGAGUGUGGCUUGUCUGCCUGGCCCCCGACUGGAAGAGGAUAAGGGUUACCUUCUAAGGACAAAAUGGUGGCUCGUCCUCUAAUAUCUCUAUACCCCAGUUGGGUUUUUUCAUUGGAGCCCCGGUGUGAUGAGAUUAAUAGAACUGAUGACAUUUAUGGUGUUUCACAUGCCAACUAUCGACAGGUUCCUUCACACACUUAACCUCUUGGUGGAAUUAAAACAUUUUCUUAAUGGCAGGAUGUGCUUUACCUCUUUUUCCCUUUUAUGUUUUGACAAAAUGUUAAUUUAUUCUUGAUAUAAAUAUCUAUGCUAUGUUCUGUCUUAGAUGAUGAACUAUGUUGUGUUUUAAACAUCAUUCAGCGAUACAGAUGAAUUGCAGUUAAAAUCCUGUUGAGCAGGUAUGAGCUGGUGAUCAUGUAAAUAGAUCUUUCUUUGGUCUGAAUUAUUCAUUUUUUCCCCAAAGUAUCUUGUUUGCCUUUGGUUCUUCACUGAAUUACAAAUUGUGUAAUGUUUUGGACAGUCUCUUUUCACCCAAAAUCACCUAUUUUUGGAGCCAAGAGGAAGCUCCUAUCUUGCGUUACCCAUAUUACCAUGUGUCUCUGUAUCACUUGAAAUCCAAUUUAAAAAUAAAAUGUUAUUUAUAAGGCUU